AUGAUCUCGCCGCACAACCGCCACAAUCAUCGCCACAAUCGGCAUAACCAUAAUCGAGAUGACGAGAAAAAGAACGACGAAGAAUGCAAGAAUCCACCAGGACAUGUUCUACUUUUGACAAUUCUCGACGCGAUGUAUCCAAUUACCACGAAAUUGUUGGAACGUAUAUGCUCCUAUGCUGGACCAGUGUUGCGCAUUGUUAUUUUUCGCAAGAAAUCAGUGCAGGCGAUGAUAGAGUUUGAUUCAAUUGUUGGAGCACAAAGAGCGAAAGCAGCACUCAACGGAGUCGAUAUCUAUCGUGGAUGUUGCACUAUAAAAGUUGAGUAUGCCAAGCCGCAAAGUCUGAAUGUAUUCAAGAAUGACGACAAUACGCGGGAUUUUAGCAUCGAAAACCGACAUCACGAGGGGAAGUUUCGAGAACCUGACGCACCGCCAGUAGGCUAUGACACACCGUAUGGUAUGCACAACUAUGGUCAUCAUCAUCAUCAUCUCCCUGGGGAUGCUCAUUCAAGUCACAUGGCGGUGGACAAGUACGGCUUGCCGACCAACCCAACUCAUGGAGCUCAUUCCCACAGAGGACGAAUUUACGACCAGCAUCACCAUAUGCACGGCAUGGGCCCCCACCACCACUAA